AUGGAAGAGUCUCUUCCUCUCAGUGUCAUCCAUGUUAACAAAUCUUUACUUUUCAUCAACAGAUUACAAAUACUCUUCCAUUCCAUUGCUCUUUCUUUCUUAUUCUAUUAUAGACUCACCUUCUUCUUUCAACACUCAAAAACAAUACAAACUCCACUUUUGCCUUACUUUCUAGUCUUUUCAUCUGAAAUCAUUCUCUCCUUUAUUUGGUUUCUUGAUCAAGCUUUUCGAUGGAACCCGAUUACAAGAACCGUCUUUCCAGAAAGACUACCGGAAAACAACAUGCUUCCUAACAUUGAUGUCUUCGUAUGUACUGCAGACCCAACUAAGGAGCCUACUUUAGAUGUCAUGAACACUGUUCUAUCAGCUAUGGCAAUGGAUUAUCCACAUGAGAAACUUCAUGUCUAUGUUUCUGAUGAUGCUGGUUCAUCUAUUACAUUGAAUGGUAUGAAAGAGGCUUGGAAAUUUGCAAAGUCGUGGAUUCCUUUCUGCACAAGAUAUAGAAUUUUGUGUAGGUGUCCCGAGGCAUACUUUUCUGAUCCGGAGAAUGAUAGUGAGGAUUUUUCUGAGAAUGUUGAGUUUGUUACAGAUAAGAGAAUGGUUAAGGAAAAAUAUGAGGCUUUCAAAGAAAGUAUAAUGAGAUUGAAAGGUGAUACUAUUGGUAUAAGUGGUCAAAAUCAUGCAUCAAUUGUAGAGGUAAUACAAGAAAAUUACAGUGAUGAAAUAGAGCAAGUGAAAUUGCCAUUACUUGUAUAUGUUUCCCGCGAGAAAAAGCCUAAUCGUCCUCAUAAUUUCAAAGCCGGAGCCCUCAAUGUCCUCUAUCGCGUCUCUGGUGUGAUUAGCAAUUCUCCAUAUAUUCUAGUGUUGGAUUGUGACAUGUUCUGCAGUGAGCCAAAUUCAGCAAAACAGGCAAUGUGUUUCCAUCUUGAUCCCAAGAUAUCGCCUUCACUAGCUUUUGUUCAAUUCCCUCAGAAAUUUCACAACAUAAGCAUCAAUGACAUAUAUGACAGUCAAUACAGAUCAGCAUAUAAAGUCUUAUGGCAAGGUAUGGAUGGACUUCAGGGACCCUUAUUGUCUGGCACAGGAUUCUAUAUGAAAAGGGAAUCAUUAUAUGGAAAUUACAAAACUAAAGACACUGAUUUGGAACUCCAAGAAUAUUUUGGCAAAUCCAAUGAUUUCAUCAAAUCCUUAAAGCAAAAUAGCAUUCCAAAUUUAGUCACUGUUGGGAAUGCAUUGCCUAUAGAAGAAACUUUGCUUUUGGCUUCUUGUGAUUAUGAAAAUGGAACUAAAUGGGGUAAAGAGGUUGGAUUUUUGUAUGGUACUGUAUGUGAAGAUGUUCACACUGGAAUCAUGCUAAAUUGCAAUGGUUGGAAUUCAGUUUUAUGUGAUCCACCUAAGCCACAGUUCCUUGGAAAUAGUACCACAAACUUGAAUGAUUUGCUAAUUCAAGGCUUAAGAUGGAGCUCUGGAUUGCUUGAAAAUGGUUUGGUCAAUAUUUGUCCCCUCAUAAAUUGUCCUUUAAGAAGAAUGUCUCUACUUCAUAGAUUUUGUCUUGCAAACAUUACAUGGUUCCCUCUAUAUUGUUUACCUCUUUGGUGUUUUGCUCUUGUCCCUCAGAUUUGUCUACUCUCCGGAACUCCUCUCUACCCUAUGGUGUCGGAACCAUUUUUCUGUGUUUUUGCAUUUAUCUAUGUAUCGUCUCACGCCAAGUUUUUAUUUGAAGUCGUCUCGACAGGAGGAACAUUCGGAAAAUUUAUAAUAGAGCAAAGGAUGUGGAUGAUGAGAACAACCACAUGCCAUCUAUAUGGAUUAUUAGAUUGUGUAAUGAAGAAAUUUGGUUUAAGAGAGGCUAGUUUCAUGCCAACAAAUAAAGUGAAAGAUGAGGAACAAACUAUGCUUUAUCAAAGCGACAAAUAUGACUUUAGAACAUCAAAUAUGUUUCUUGUACCAAUGGUUUCACUCAUGAUUAUCAACAUAUUUUGUUUCAUAAGUGGCAUCUAUAGAGUGUUGUGUUUGGGAGAACUGGACAAGAUGUUGGUACAACUUUUUCUUAUGGGUUAUAUCAUUUUUGUGAACUAUCCACUCAUUGAAGGGGUUGUGAUAAGGAAAGAUAAAGGAAGAAUUUCUACUUCUGUGUUUGUGACAUCUAAUAUAUUGGCUACAAUUAUCACUUGUGCACUUUAUCCUUUACUAAGGAAGGUAUAA